AUGAGUUUUGACCUAGCGAAUAGUGGCCAAGAAAGGGAGGAUCGGAAAUACUACGAUCGCAAUAAAGGAGACGAUAUGCAAAUAUCCAGAACAGAUAUGAAUAUGUUGAUAAUGAAUUAUUUGGUAACAGAGGGAUUCAAAGAGGCUGCAAUUAAAUUCCAACAAGAGGCUGGGCUACAGGAACCUGCUCUGUGCAGCUCUCUGGAUGAAAGAAUCAUGAUCCGUGAAGCAGUGCAAACUGGUCGCAUCCCUGAUGCUAUCGCAAUGGUGAACGCUCUACACCCAGAACUGUUGGAUAAUGACAGAUAUUUGUACUUCCAUUUACAGCAAUUGCAACUUUUGGAGUUGAUUCGCGCAGGUCGGGCAGAAGAGGCUCUAGCAUUUGCCAGCGCGACACUUGCAGAGGCUGGUGCGAAUGAUCCCAAUGCUCUUACGGAGCUAGAGCGGUCGCUGGCACUGCUAGCCUUCCCUGACCCUCAUGCAUCACCCUUCGCAGAUUUAUUACUACCAUCACAUAGUCAAAAGAUCGCAAGUGAGCUGAACGCCGCGAUACUUAAGAUGGAGAACCAAGAGUACACCAACCCGAAGCUAUGCAGCCUUCUCCGUAUGAUCCUGUGGUCACAGAACGAGUUGGACAAACAUAACAUCAAGUACACCAAGAUCACUGACCUCGCCAACGCCACCAUAGACAAGCCAAAAUUGUUUGGAGGAUUCCGGCGAUUUUAG